AUGGUGUACGAAGCUAAACCGUUUGAUCCGAUUACCGUUAAACCCAACGAAAAGAAGAGAGUAGCAUACUUUUAUGAUGCAGAUGUGGGAAACUAUGCCUAUGGUGCUGGCCACCCUAUGAAACCUCAUAGAAUAAGAAUGGCGCAUUCCUUAAUUAUGAACUAUGGUCUGUACAAGAAGAUGGAAAUCUACAGAGCUAAACCUGCCACCAAACAAGAAAUGUGUCAAUUCCAUACUGAUGAAUAUAUUGAUUUCUUAUCGAGAGUUACACCAGAUAACUUAGAAAUGUUUAAGAAAGAAAGUGUGAAAUUCAAUGUAGGUGAUGAUUGUCCUGUAUUUGAUGGGUUAUAUGAAUAUUGUAGUAUAUCAGGAGGUGGAUCCAUGGAAGGUGCCGCAAGAUUAAAUAGAGGUAAAUGUGAUGUUGCCAUCAAUUAUGCAGGUGGGCUACACCAUGCUAAAAAAUCUGAAGCCUCAGGGUUUUGUUAUUUGAAUGAUAUAGUUCUUGGGAUUAUCGAGUUGUUAAGAUACCACCCAAGAGUUCUUUAUAUUGAUAUUGAUGUUCAUCAUGGUGAUGGUGUUGAAGAAGCAUUUUAUACCACAGACCGUGUCAUGACAUGUUCUUUCCAUAAGUAUGGUGAAUUUUUCCCAGGUACUGGUGAAUUAAGAGAUAUUGGUGUCGGUAAAGGUAAAAAUUAUUCUGUUAAUGUUCCUUUAAGAGAUGGUAUUGAUGAUGCUACAUACAGGUCCGUGUUUGAACCUGUAAUUGGUAAAAUUAUGGAAUGGUAUCAACCAUCUGCUGUAGUAUUACAGUGUGGUGGUGAUUCUUUAUCUGGUGAUCGUCUUGGUUGCUUCAAUUUAUCUAUGCAAGGUCAUGCUAAUUGUGUAAAUUAUGUGAAAUCCUUUAAUAUCCCAAUGAUGGUUGUUGGUGGUGGUGGUUAUACAAUGAGAAAUGUUGCUAGAACGUGGUGUUUUGAAACAGGUCUGUUGAAUAAUGUCGUAUUAGAUGAAGAGUUGCCAUAUAAUGAUUAUUAUGAAUAUUAUGGUCCAGAUUAUAAAUUACAAGUAAGAUCUUCUAAUAUGUUUAAUGUAAACUCUCCAGAAUAUCUCGAUAAUAUUAUGACUUCUAUCUUCAGUAAUUUAGAAAAUACUAAAUAUGCUCCAAGUGUUCAAUUGAACAACGUUCCACGUGAUCCUGAGGAUAAAGGUGACGAAGAAGAAGAUACCGCUGAAGCUAUAGACACAAAAGGUGGGUCACAAUACGCUAGGGAUCAAAUAAUUGAGAAAGAAAACGAGUUCUACUAA